AAAAUUUAUCACGUUUUGAGUUUUCGUCGUAUUUCCGUUUGAAUGCACAAUCGAAGCGAAAGUUAAGGUCCAAUGAUUUCGUGUCGAUAAUUUAUCAAAAACGCAUUCGUUGUAUUUAGAUCCUAAAUAUUGUUUUAAGAGUUCAGUGUCGCGUUAUGAUCAUUAGUGUGUCCACGCCAUUAUUUACAUGGUACACUAACGUUUAAAAUUUUAUGAAAACAAUUUGCAACGAAUGAAAAUUUAUAAUUAUUUUAUACUUAAUUAAAAGCACCAAAAAAUCUUAAAAUGGCUUUUUUAAAAAUUGGAUUCCAUAUUUGUGCAAUCUUGGUAUUUAUACGUGGAGUUGAAAUUAAUAGAGGGAACUUUCCAUAUCGAUUGUCCAUUGAAGAUUUGGCAACUCGUGAUAAUGUCAUUAACGUACCGGUUUCUGCGUUGCCUACAGGAUAUGUUGUGAAUAGACCUAAUUCUGGUUUUAGCGAUAAAGUAGAUGUUAAUAAAGAGGCACCAAGCAAAGAGGUUUCAGAAACUGAUAUGUAUUUACUUGGUGCUAUCGAAAAACUGGUGCAGCGGAUGGACUCAAUAGAAAAACGUUUAAAGAGAUCCGAAGAACUUAUUCAACACAUCAUUGAGGGGAGUGCAAUAAACAGAGAAGACCCUUGUCCAGGUAACUUUACGCGUAUUGCUCAUACAUGCUACCACUUUAGCGAGCGACAAUAUAAUUGGAAAUCAGCCAUGUCAAUGUGUAAGAGUUUGGGGGGUAAUCUUCUAGAAUUUGAAACGAAAGAAGAACAAGUUGAUAUAAUGAAAUUUUUGACCAGUGAUAAAUAUCUUCGUGGUUACGAUUAUUGGACUGGUGGUUUAAAUCCCGGGUUAUUAUGGAUAUGGGCCAAUAGUGCCCGACCAGUGGUACCGAAAGACUCUAACAGAUUGGAGGACCAAAUCGCCGGAUCGGGUCGAUGUUUGAGGUUGGCAAUUAAUUCGGCAAGUAAAGGAUACGGUUACAACGGAGCCGAAUGUAGUAACCGGCAUAGAUAUAUAUGCAAACACGAAGAGAAUGCUACAGAAAAAGCACUUACUAGGAUACAUAAAGCUUUAAGAGAUAAUAGGGAUAAAAUAAUAUCCGUAGCAGUCUAAUAAAUUGAAUAUGCUACUACAAAUAUUUCUGAUAGAUACUUUAAUUUAUAAAAAAUGUAUGUAUACUACUGUGUUAUCGAAUAUUUAUUAAAUUUUAUUACUCUAUUAUAUUAGCCUUAUGCGUAAUA